AGUAUUCUUUCAUCUGAUUGGUGGUAUAUUGCCUGUCAAAGGUCACGUAAAUUUGGCGCUCUUCAUUCACCAGCAGACUGGCGCGUAUUUGAAAGGAGGCAGCAACUGUCUUAGAAAAGUGUUUCAACUCGGGGCAGCUGCUCAAAUAUCAUUAUAGGGUCCGGCAUGUUCCGUCUAAAUAUCAGCAUCUAAUCCGGUAAAUGCUCGGUGCUUGCGAGGAGCUAGGAGCUAGCUUGUUGUUUUACCAGUAAACUUAAUGUCUGCUGAUAACAAACUACCUUCCUCUUCAUAUAAUGAGUUUUAUCGCUGUUUUCUACUCAUACCUCGACGUGAAUAAAGAACAGUAGCACCACAGCCUCUGAAGAAGCAGCUUGGUGGUGGCGUUUUAAAUGAUGGCUGGUGUUGUGGCUAUGGCGUCUGUCAUUGAGGACUUUGACACCCAGCCGUGCAAGAAGUCUCGCAAAGAUGGUGGCAGUCCUGUUGUCCAGACGAUCACCAACUACUUCUCCCCCGUCCCUAAAGCCGUUGAGAAGCCCUUUUCUCCUCCGCGCUCCAACAACAUCAUGGACUACUUCAGCAGAAAAGCUCCACCUUCUAAAGAAAAAGCAAGCCCACCUCCAGAGUCUAAAGAAAAGGAUCAAAAGUCUCAGUCUGCAGAAAAAAACACCAGCUCAGAGGUUGGGAAACAGUCGUCUGGGAAACGAGGGAGAAAAACCAGCAAAGCUGCCAGGAAACUUGUCGCGUCUGAAGGUGUUUGUUCCACCGAUGGUUCGAGUUGCUUCAUUGUUCAAGAAACGAGUAAAAACGACGACUCCGUGGCGGGUGCAGUUAGCGGCUCUGGGACUCUCGGCAGCGAUACGGCAGCUUUGUUGUCGAAACGUGUUGAAUCGGGAACAUUUGGCAACGUGGAGGCUAAAGUGGUCAGCGAUGAGCAGAAUCCAGACAAAGGCUCUAGCCGUGAAAAUUGUGUCCAACUAAGAAUGUCAGACACUGCUGAGUUAUCCCCAGCUGUGCCGGUAAAAAAGGUAACUUCCGCUGCACGGAAAUCCAAAAAGAAGCGGCAAAAGGAGACAAAACAAAAGGAGCCAGAGGAGAACGAGUCUGAAAGGUCACUGUGUGACGUUAGCAUGGAGGUCAACCAGGACGAGUCCUCUCUGCUAAACAGCAGCAUGGUGACCAUCUCUUUUGAGGACUUUGUUCGGAGUCAGAAAAGGACUGAAGAGGAGAUGAACGAAGACAAAAGUCAAGAAGAAGAUUUUAAAGUUUCAGCAGAAACACAAGAAUCAAACUCUGAGAAGCUGGAUGCUUCUAAAGCUGAGGUGGUGCCUGCCCAGGUCUCACCGAGAACCGUCACCAUCCAGGCGGAGGUGUACGUCGUUUCAGCCAAACAGAAAGUAGCUUCCAUUUUUAACAGGAGGAAAGCAUCUAGUAGCCCUGUAGAGAUAGUCGAGGAUGAAACCCCAGCUCCAGCUUCCACCGUCAAACGUAAGUCCAACGUGGUUCUCCAAGAGGAGGAUCUGGAGCUGUCGGUGAUCGAGAGUGAAUCCACUCCCAAGUGCAGCGAGGCAGAGAGGAAGCAGUUCAUGGCUGCCUUCAAACAGCCCAGCCUGGACGGGUCUAAAGCUAAAGCCGUUAAAAGCCAACCGAAGCAGAAGCCGGGUGAGGAGAAGACCUCAGAGGCUGCAGGAGGUGAUGUGGUCAUAUCUCCUUCUGUUGAGCAUGUCACUCAGGAAAAUGAAGCAGCUGAAAAGAAACCUACAAGAAGAGGAAGGAGAAAAGCUAAAGAUGAGAAGGAGGCGGUUCCUUCAUCACCUGCUGCCUCCGUGGAAGAAACGGUUCUGAUCGAUAAAGAAGAGGAGCCUCCCAUCGACUCCGCUCCGGCUCUGAGGAGGUCCAGACGAGAAGCUGCCGUUAGAAACACUCCUGAAACCACCCAGACGAGUCCGGUCAGAAAGUCCAGAAGACUGAAGGAGUCCAAGGAUGCUGCUUCACCUCAGGACAGUCCUGUAAAGAAGUCCACCCCGAAGACACGCAGGUCCAAACAUGGUGUCUUCGUAGCAGAAAUGGUGGGACCGCCUGACGCAAAGGAAAGUCCAAUCAGAAUCAAAUUUAGCCGGAUUCAUAAAAAGGCAGAAGGUGACUCGACUUCAUCGGCUAAAGCGCUGAAGGGGUCAAAAAAACAGAAGCAGGCAAAGAAGCUGGUUGAAAAAGCCAAAAUGAUUCAGCAAAGUAAAGCUGGUGAGGAGAAGGAAGCGUUGCGCCGCUCAUCCCGAGUGAAGACCUCCAUCAGGACCAGCUACCACGAAGAGGAGGACUCUGUGGUCUGCGUUGAGGACCUGACCAGCUCUCCUCAGAAAGCGCCAGGAAAGAGAAAAACCCAGAAGCUUUUACGCAGUCUGAAUGAUGUUCUGGGUAAAACCACGUCAGCUGGCAAAGACACCAAGACUGCCCCAGCAGGCUCUAAAGUGGUGGCCUCGCUGAGCCUGGAGAAGUCCGCUCGGAAGGCGUCUGCCGUCAUUUCCAUCUUCGACGAGAGCAGCCGCGAAGGCUCGGACAACUCCCAGGAUGACGAGCAGUUCAGAGCACGCAGGGAGUUCCUGAAGAGCGGCCUUCCCGAGUCCUUCAGAAGACAGAUCGCCAGGACGGCGGCGACUAAAGAGGCGUACGGCGUCUGCUCUUCCUCCUUCCAGCUGGUCACACAUACAACGCAGCCACCAGAGGAUUGUCCUCUCUGGAGUCUCCCGUGGCCCGAGUCUUCAUCACUCGGUCACCUGAAGGAGAUGUGGAGCCAAACCUUAAACCCACUUCUUUCCAUCAGCGGUUCUCUGUGUGUGAAGACGCUACCAGCCUGUCGCAGCUUUAAUAAAAGGGGUUCGGGCUGGAGACCUGAAAUCUCUGAAAGUAAACGUCAGCUUCUGAUGGAGGAGUUCAGCGCCUCAAACCCUCACUUCCCCGCUCAGAUGUUCUUCACUCGCUUGCUGAAGAGACGCGCCGACCAUCAGCCACAGAUCACAGCUUCUUCAGAGCCAGACGCUGUGACCAGAGAGAAGCCCUGCACUCCGCCAUCACCACCAGCUGAACCUGUUGGAGGCAAGAGGAAGAGGAGGGAUGAGGAACGAGAGCUUGUGGUGAAGGUGGCAAAAAAACAGAAAUCGAACCAAUCAGAGGAGAAGGUCUCAGAAGCCGAUAAAGAUCCACCGAGGAGAGGAGGACGCACCAGACGAGGGCUGAGAUCCCGACUAGAGGAGGAGAAACCGAAGCCGGUCUCGUCUGAAGAGGAUUCUGUUAUUGUGAUCGAUGACCCGACGUUGGAGGAAGACUCCAGGAAGAAAGAUGUGGUGAAGGAGGAUUUGCUGUGGACCGAGAAGUACCAGCCACAGCACUCCAGCGACAUCGUAGACAAUGCUGCUGCGGUCAAACGGCUUUACGGCUGGCUGAAGGAGUGGAAACUCCGUGCAGAUAGAGAAGAGAGGAGACAUCAGAAGGACAAGCGACCAGAAGAAGGCAGCACAGACUCUGACUGGGACUGUGGAGGCGAGGACUUCCCAGAUGGGGAUGAUGCGCUGUGCAACACCAUUCUAAUCACGGGGCCCACCGGAGUGGGAAAGACCGCCGCCGUGUACGCGUGUGCUCAGGAGCUGGGCUUCAAGGUGUUUGAGGUGAACGCUUCAUCUCAGAGAAGCGGCCGUCUGAUUCUGUCCCAGCUGAAGGAGGCGACUCAGUCCCACCAGGUGGACAGUCAGGGGGUCAGCAGCUACAAACCCGCCUACUUCAGCAGCUAUGGAGCACGCAGCAGCGCUGCCAAACUGGGAUCCUCUCCACGUAAGCUGAACUCCCCUCGUAAGACGGUUUCCUCUCCCAGGAAAACUCCUCAGUCACCGAGAGGAGCUAAAAAAGGAGGUCUGGCUCCAACUUCUUUAGAUAAGUUUUUUAGAAAAAAUCAACCCACCAAGACCAGGGAUGAAGCUCCUGGAGACGCUCCAGUGAAAUCUCCACCAGCCAGCUCUGCUACAGAGAAGAGCAGCGAGGAGCACAGCAAGAAGGCAGCCACAUCCCUCAUCCUGUUUGAGGAAGUGGAUGUGAUCUUUGAGGAUGACGCCGGCUUUCUUGCUGCCAUCAAGACGUUCAUGAGCACCACCAAGAGGCCCGUCGUCCUCACCACCAGCGAUCCUGCCUUCAGCACCACGUUUGAUGGAAGCUUUGAGGAGAUUCACUUCAGAACACCUUCGCCUGUGAACGUGGGCAGCUACCUGCAACUGCUGUGUCUGGCUGAGGACAUCAGGACAACCCCGUCAGACGUCACCUCUCUACUUAAACUCAACGGCUGUGACAUCAGGCAGAGUCUGUUGCAGCUGCAGUUCUGGACCCGUAGUUCAGGAGGCCGUCCGGCAGCAAGACCGCUGGCGCAUCCGGGGCUAAACGCCGAGCUGCAGCCACAGACUGAAGCUGACGCGUCUGUUUCACCCCCCUGUGACACCGGCUGCACGGAGAGCAAACUGGGCCUCAAAGCGGCGCCUGAGAGGAGUGUCUGGGACCUGCUCAGGAGCCAAAGUCUGAUGGAGGACGAUGUUUGCUGGGACCUUCUGAUGGACAGCAGGUGUCGAGGAGUCGAUCUGCUCUAUUCCAACAUGGAGACCCUCCUGCCUCUACCCGUCACACGGCUGAUUACCUCCAAGCUCUCUAAACCCGAGCGCCGUGUUUCUCCAACUCUGGACCGUCCAAAUCAGCAGCUGGUGUCCACGUCUCUCCAGUCAGACUCACUGUUGGAGUCGGAGGACGGCAGUCCAAUCAAAGUGUCCAACAGAAUGAAGAAAAAGAAAAGGCGGCACCCACUGGGUAGGGAUGGGCUGCAGUCUGGGUCAGACUCAGAAGAUGGUUUUCCAUCUAUCUGCAGGCAGAAGAUCAACCCUCAGACCGAACAAGCCCCAGUGAGCGUCUCUAAGAUGAUCAAAAGGAAGCCACUGACCGAAGAUGAGAGAAGGAAGAGUCUUCCUGUCUCUCAGUGUCUUGAGUCAAUAGCGGACUUCUGGGACAGCAUGUCCUACGUGGAUUCAGCGCUGCGUUUCCACCCAGAUGGAGUUCACAGAGGAACGCCGCUGAGCAGCGCCGUCAUCAAAGACGGGAUGUUGGACGAGUCGAGAGUAGAGACUGGCAGAGGGAGCUGGUUGGUGGGACGUCGGGUUCUGGAGAUCCAGGCUGCUGUGGAGGCUCUGAGCUUUCAGAAGUGCCGGGUGUCUGUGAUGGAGGCCUGGGACAGGGGGAAAGAGGCUGCAGAAGAGCUGGCGCUUCCUGUGGCGGCUCAUCGGGACGGUUACAGCUUUACUCCAGACGGGCCCUGUCGCCCACAGCUCGUCCAGCGGAGGAAAGAAGUGAUGGAGAAUCUGACGUUUCGGGUGUUUGGUACCCUUGGCAACCAAGACGCCGUUUCUCUGGACUAUCUGCCAGCCGUGCGUGCCAUCUGCAGGUCAGAGCAGCUGAAGGAGCAAGGGAAAGUAAAACGAAGGUUUCUGCACUAUCUGGAUGCCAUUCACUUGGGUGUGGAGAAAAGCUCGCUGGCGCUGCUGGCUGAAGAUUUCCCAUGAUACUCUGAGAUGUCAGGACUAAACACACACAGGCCUGAAGCGUAAAAUAAAACCUUAACGGGACGUUAAGAUGGGCUCUCAGAGAGAAGAAGGAACAUUUGUGUCACCUUCAUUUAGAUGAACUUGGUCAUUUAUAACAAGAAUAACUUAUUAUACCAACAAAAGAGUCUUAAGUGCAGAUGAUCUCUGAAAUGUCAGGGCACACAACUAAAUACCCUCUUACUGGAUGUGUUUUUGGCGCUUUGGAAGCUUUAUAUGGUUUAAUAAUAGAUGUGGUUGUUUUAUUCUGUACAGUAGGUUUUUGUAGCCUCAUUUAUCAAUGAUUUGUAUUUUUUAACAAAUGGAAAACGUUUUGGAUAAAUGCAUGAAAUCAAACAUGAGGGACUGAACGCUCUGUUUGUAAAGGAAAGUUUAAAGGGAUAGUUCCGAUCUUUUUCUAUAAAAAAGUUAUGAUCAAAUUUCUACUAGGAAGGCUCUUAAAAUGGCCUCAGUUAGGAGAAACGGAGAUGAGUUUUGAUCGGUGGAGGACAAACCAUUUAGUCUCAAUUGGGCCAGGUGUAUAAUAGAUUAUUUUCAUAAAUAACAGUUUGUGACGCGUUACACUGCCAUACAUGAUUAGUUACAUCGAAUUAUAUAUAUUUUACAUAGAAAUUAGAGGAAAAUGAUCUCUUAGUCAGAAUUUCAGAUUUCUGCCAGAAAUCUUGUGGUAGUGUUUUAAAAUGACCCAGCAUGACUAGCAACUCAGAGAUAACAUCUGUUUCUCCAAACUGAGGCUGUUCAAUAAGCCGUCUACAAACAGAAAUAAAACUAAAACACUUUAAAAGCGUGAUUGCUCAAUAGGAACUGAUUCCACCUCAUUCAUGGCUGGUUUUUAUACCGUUUCUGUAAAUGUUUGUAUAUAAUCUGCAGUUGGUUUUGUUGUGAACAAAUAAAGACGUAACCCAACUAA